GGAGGAAACUUCUUAAAUGACCGCGUCCGCCUGGCCGUGGAGCCUUUCUGGGUUGGGGAGAGGAAAGGAAAGUGGAAAAAAACUGAGAACUUCCUGAUCCCUCUCGCUGGGAGACAUGUCUGAGACUCCUGCUCAGUGUACCAUUAAGCAGGAACGCAUUUCAUAUACACCUCCAGAGAGCCCGCUGCCCAGUUACGCCGCUGCCACGACUCCGCUUCAUGUUCCAGUGCCUCGAGCGCUCAGGAUGGAGGAAGAGUCCAUUCGCCUGCCAGCGCACCUGCGCUUGCAGCCAAUUUACUGGAGCAGGGAUGACGUAGCCCAGUGGCUCAAGUGGGCUGAAAACGAGUUUUCUUUAAGGCCAAUUGACAGCAACACAUUUGAGAUGAAUGGCAAAGCUCUCCUGCUGCUGACCAAGGAGGACUUUCGCUAUCGAUCUCCCCAUUCAGGUGAUGUGCUCUAUGAACUCCUUCAGCAUCUUCUGAAGCAGAGGAAACCUCGAAUCCUUUUCUCUCCAUUUUUCCACCCGGGAAACUCUAUCCACACGCAGCCGGAGGUCAUACUGCACCAGAACCACGAGGAAGAUAAUUGUGUCCAGCGGACCACCAGGACAUCCGUAGAGAAUGUACACCACAACCCACCCACCAUUGAACUCUUGCACCGGCCCAGGUCACCCAUCACGACAAACCACCGGCCUUCUCCUGACCCUGAGCAGCGGCCUCUCCGGUCCCCCCUGGACAACAUGAUCCGCCGCCUCUCCCCGGCCGAGAGGGCCCAGGGGCCGCGGCUCCACCCGGAGAACAACCACCAGGAGUCCUACCCACUGUCUGUGUCUCCCAUGGAGAAUAACCACUGCCCACCAUCCUCGGAGUCCCACCAGAAGCCAUCCAGCCCCAGGCAGGAGAGCACACGCGUGAUCCAGCUGAUGCCCAGCCCCAUCAUGCACCCCCUGAUCUUGAACCCCCGACACUCCAUGGAUUUCAAGCAGUCCAGGCUCUCCGAGGAUGGGCUGCAUAGGGAAGGGAAACCCAUCAACCUCUCGCACCGGGAAGACCUGGCCUAUAUGAACCACAUCAUGGUCUCUGUGUCCCCGCCUGAGGAGCACGCCAUGCCCAUCGGGAGAAUAGCAGACUGUCGGCUCCUUUGGGAUUAUGUCUAUCAAUUGCUUUCUGACAGCCGGUACGAAAACUUCAUCCGAUGGGAGGACAAAGAAUCCAAAAUAUUCCGAAUAGUGGAUCCCAACGGACUGGCUCGACUGUGGGGUAACCAUAAGAACAGAACAAACAUGACCUAUGAGAAAAUGUCCAGAGCCCUGCGCCACUACUACAAACUGAACAUCAUCAGGAAGGAGCCAGGACAAAGGCUCUUGUUCAGGUUCAUGAAAACCCCGGAUGAAAUCAUGAGUGGCCGGACAGACCGCCUGGAGCACCUGGAGUCGCAGGAGCUGGAUGAACAAAUCUACCAAGAAGAUGAGUGCUGAUGGAGCCACCCAGCACCACAGUGGCCGCAGAGCCCCUGCCCACCAGGACUGCUAGCGGAGGGACGGGGCAGGGGCCUGAGGAGCGUCAAACAGGAAGAGACCCCCAAACAGGAGUGACACUUCUCUCGCAUUACCCAGAGGAGCCCCAGAGCACCUUAGACAAACCACCCGGCAAAGGCGGGGCUGGAAUUCUGGCCGAGGGCGUGGACCUGGGACUGACGCUUCACGUUCCCUUCUCGUCUGGAAGCUCACCAUCUCUACUGCUCACCCUCACCCUCCCACCGGUUGUUUCAUGGGGCGUUUUCAUUUUCUCGUUUGUUUUUAAGAUCACACGGUUUUGACUUUUCAUCAUUCAUGCAGGGAAGACACCUGAUGUUGUUUCCCUAUGGAAAUAUAUAUGUCUAUUACAUAUAUCUUUUUUUUUUUUUUACAAAUCUCAAAGUAUGGCAGGAAAGGAAAUCCUUGUGGAAGGGCUCAGGGUCCUCUCAUUCCUGCCUUUUGGGUCAGGUUCGCUCCUGUUGCUGGUGGGUCUUGACUGAA